GCCCUUCAAUUCAAACCCUUAUCUUUCCACCUCGUUUCCUAUAUAAUGAGAAGCCCAAAUGUACAAACAUCUUGUAACCCAUCAGCUAGAAUCUCCCUCAUUUUUUUGUUCUCUUUCUUCCAAUUUCCUAGACACAUGAGAAAAAGAAGAAUGGCUACCAUAACACUUGACCCAAGUUUAGGUCUUCAAAUUAGCACAAAAACCCACCAAGAAGGGCAAAUUGUGGAGGAAAUUGAUGGGCUCAUUCGAGUUUAUAAAGAUGGACACGUGGAACGAACCGAGAUCAUUCCAUGUGUCACGGCCUCGUUGCCUCCCGAGCUCAGCGUGACCGCUGGUGACGAAGUCAUUGACAAGGUCACAAACGUUUGGGCACGUUUUUACCGGCCCAAAAAAUGUCAUGAGAAGACCCCAUUGCUAGUUUAUUUCCACGGAGGCGGAUUUUGUGUCGGCUCCGCAGCUUGGAGCUGCUACCACGAGUUCCUAGCCAAGCUCGCCGCUAGAGCCGGUUGCUCGAUCAUGUCCGUCAAUUACCGAUUGGCUCCCGAAAAUCCGCUUCCGGCCGCCUACGACGACGGAUUCAAGGCACUCAUGUGGGUGAAGCAACAAGCACUGAGUGGUGAAAAUGAGUGGUGGUCAAAGCAAUGCAAUUUCUCCAGCGUUUUCCUAGGUGGAGAUAGUGCUGGUGCCAACAUAGCCCACAAUGUGGCUAUACGGCUCGGCUGCCGAGCCGCGGCUCUAAAGCCUCUGGCCAUCAAGGGGAUUAUUUUGAUACAACCGUUUUUCGGAGGAGAGGGAAGGACUCAUUCCGAGAAGCACAUGGUGGAGCCGCCUCGCUCUGCCCUCAGCUUGGCGGCCUCCGACACGUACUGGCGGCUGUCGUUGCCGGCGGGGUCUAACCGGGAUCACCCGUGGUGCAACCCGUUGGCAAAAGGGUCGAGUCAACUGGAGGAGUUGAGAAUAUUAAUCCCCUUAUUGGUAUGUGUAUCUGAGAUGGAUAUAUCGAGGGAUAGGAACUUGGAAUUUUGUGGUGCUUUGGGUAAAGCUGGUAAGAAAGUGGAGUGUGUGGUGUAUAAAGGGGUUGGCCAUGCUUUUCAGAUUCUAAACAAGUCUCAGCUCUCUCAGACUCGAACACAUGAGAUGAUUUCUCAUAUCAAGGCUUUCAUCAGUAGAUGACUCUCUCUCUCUCUCUCUCUCUCUCUCUCUCUCUCUCCACCUUGAACUGAGAAUUAAUCAAGAAUCUUCUGUCUAGUGUAGCUAGCUUAUGAUAAUUAUGCCAUUGUAAUUGUGAACAUGAAAUGUGCUGUACAGUACACCCACUGUGUGAUUCAACGGAAUUCUAGUCUUCAGAUUCAGUGAACAUAAAAAUGCAUUGUGC